AUGAUUACCAAUUUGCCGCUUCUUAUUUGCAAUGGUAAUCCGACAGCUCUGGCGAAGCUGAAUGCCGCCGAAUUGGAAAAGUUUAUUACGUUCAUGGUGACAUGUUCCUGGGGUCAUGAUACGGCUAAGGAUAUCCGGCAGCCACCAUGGUGGCCCAAGGAUGUAAACUUUUCACAUCCCUUUGUUAAACCACCGGUUGUUCCCGACGAUUGGGAGGCGAGACUGAAGAGAUUGAUCAAGAGAUGUUAUGAAUAUCACAAGAGUGCGUUUUUAUUAGUGUUCUCAGCACAGCUUGCUCGAUAUCCGCCGCGAAGACUCCGGUAUGUUGACAAUCGCGAUCACACGACAUCCCUCUACUACAGACCGAGUGGUAGACUACUGGUGACGUUCCGAAAUGAAAAUCUGUGUUAUGAUAGAGACACUGUAGAGGAGACGAGCUGUCACCUGAAAUCCACUGAUAUUUAUCUUUGUGAUAAUUGUGAUAGUCAUUUUGAUAACUUGGAAGUUCUCAAAGCUCAUGAGAGACUGUGUAACAAUGAAGUAGUGGCAACAAGUUCGUGUAGCAGUGGCUUUUCAGAUUUCCUGUCAGCUCUGAAGUUGAAAUCAAUAUCAGAUGUUUCGGAUAACAAACAUCCACAAUGUGUUGAAGUUGACUCGCGGCCCCGGAAUGCUAGAGGUGCAUCUCACCUGGAUAGAGGUCCUCCCUAUCCAUUCUCAUCCCUUGCAUAUAUGAAAAAUGCAAAAAUAAACAUACAAAGGGAUACCACCUAUUCUAGAGAAAGAAUAGAGAGAUAUUGUUGUUCUACGACAACUGUUAGUAAAAAUGUAGGUAGCAAAACUAAAAAUCAUCAAUUUCCAGUAAGAUAUAGACGACCAAUAGAUUACUGGCACAGGAAGCAUGUGUUCCCAAAUCAAAGAUACAAAAAAAUACUUGAUCUCAAAAGCCAGUUGCUGCUUUUAAAAUGUAGGCCCGUUACUGUGAACGUCGAGAGAAUGACAAUGGAAAAAGUAGAUGAAUAUAUCGAAAACCUGCAGAAGGAGUCCGAGAAACAUAGCAUAGGAGACAAAGACAUUGUGUUUGUUGAUGGAUUAGACUCUGGACAAAUGGAUGUUGACGGUAAAGUUGAAACUAAAAAUAGUGAUCCUCUCAAGAAGGUAGACUGUGACUGUGAAGUGAUUGAUCUGUGUUCGGACGAUGAAACUUCCAGUACUAACGAGAACUGUGACCCUCGAGCAGGAGUGACUUGUGUGAUGAGAGGUGGGGCGGUGCUCCGGCGUACGGCUGCGACGCCUCAGGCCCUGCCCGCGGAGCCCUGCGGCGCGCGCCAGCGCCCUCUACCGUCUCUCAUCCUACAACCACAUCCAGUUAUAUUGAUAACUCAUACUCUAAACAAUUUACAGACUAUAGCCUUAGAUUAA